AUCCCGGAAAAUGAAAAAUUUCCCAGCACCGGCACUUUCACCAAUCACCUCAAAAUUGGUAUCCACAAUUUGCUACGAAUUUGCUACAUUUUGCUACGCUAUUUUCAGAACUUGCUACGUUUUGGUUUUCCCGGAAUCCCGGAAAAUGGAAAAUUUCCCAGCACCGGCACUUUCACCAAUCGCCUCAAAAUUGGUAUCCACAAUUUGCUACGAAUUUGCUACAUUUUGCUACGCUAUUUUCAGAAUUUGCUACGUUUUGGUUUUCCCGGAAUCCCGGAAAAUGAAAAAUUUCCCAGCACCGGCACUUUCACCAAUCGCCUCAAAAUUGGUAUCCACAAUUUGCUACGAAUUUGCUACAUUUUGCUACGCUAUUUUCAGAACUUGCUACGUUUUGGUUUUCCCGGAAUCCCGGAAAAUGAAAAAUUUCCCAGCACCGGCACAUCCAUUAAACACCGUGAAACUGAUAUCAAAAUGUUCCUAAGACUGCUAUAUUUUGCUACGCCAUAUUCAGAAUUUGCUACAUUUCGUUUUCCGAAAAUCGAACAAGAUAUUGUUGGAGAAAAUUGAAACUCUAAAACAAAUAUUAUCAUAUAUAUGAAAUUUUUAAUUAAUGUUUAUAUUAGUGUUUGUUAUAUAAUAUAUUAAAUGACAACAUUUUCAAAAUAUUUUGACAUAGUUUGAGCUGUUUAUUGACAUUUUCAUAUUCAACGUUUUUAGUUUUUUUUUUCUAUGAAUGGUAAUUUGUUGGGUUAAAAAGCUU